AUGUCUUAUGGGAUCCGUAGACACAAAAUGCAGGAAAUCAUACCGGUCACUAAGGAAAAAAAAUGCUUAUCGUACCUCUGCAACCUGCGCGAGCAUAGAAAGGAUCUGGUGAAAUUGUGUUGGGGCGUGAGUGUGGGCGCCGGCGGGAGGAGCCAUGCCAUCGGGGAGGUCACAUGGGCGGUACCACUUAGGCGAGGCGGGUCGACAUCGGGCGGCGACGAACGCGAAGCAUCACUUAAGAAAGUGCCGUGGCUCCGAGCAUUCACGCGGACACACCUGGCCGUUCGCUCGCUGUUCUUCACUGAGUGCUGUUUAAGAUGGCGACAGAGAACCGACGAUCAUGACCAAGUGAUCCAGCUGGAGAGGGAGACGCAGGUGGUGAGGAGCGUGACUUCGCAGGUGGUGACUUGUGACGUAUGGGUGACGCAGCUGGACGUCAUGAGGUACUUGACGGCGGUGGUGGCGCUAGCGGCAUGCGCGGCUGUCGCUCAUGCCGGCACUAGGGACAACUGGUCGUGGGGCGCCGAAGACCAUGGAGAGGCCCACGCCUCUGCGCCUUCAUCUAUCUCGUCGGCCGUGGCCUCAGCCCCGUCGUCGGGGUCGCCCAGGUCCGUCUCCUUCACCGCCAACAACGACCACCAGUUCGUCGACUCCGGCGCCACCAUCGUCAGCGCGGUGAAGCAGAGCCAGAGCGUGAUUCCUCCUACGAUUGUGAUCUCAGGAUCGACCGGAUCGACGGCAUCGGCCUCGGUGGCGCCGCAGGUCACCGGGGAUCACCUGAAGGGCGAGACGCCCACCGGCAGAGUCGACGGGGCCGGGGACCAGACGGAAGGGAGGUUCUUCGGCAUCAAGUCCAAGCUCUGCGACGUUGGCAUUGGCUUUGACUGCAAGAAGGGCUACUACAAGGGCGACCACAUCAGCCCCUACGACAUCAGCUACGUGCAGCCCGUGCAGGUGGUGCCCGUGGGCGGCCCCAUAGCGUCCGUGCCCGUCAAGAAGGGCUACCACCACAAGGCCAAAGGACACUACAGCCCACCGUCCACGGGCUACGUCGAGCUACGGCGCCCCCCAGCCAGCUACACCCCCCCGAAGGCCUCCUACUCGGCCCCGACGGGUCACGGCCAGUCGGUGGUGCACCACGUCCACACACACCACCACGUCUACACCGGAGGCUCGGGCGGCGGCUACGCGAAGGACUCCUAUUCUGGCGGCUUCCUUGACCGGUCCUCCAGCUCCAGCAGCUCCUCCGUCAACAAGCUCGGGUCGGCGCUUCCCGUCAUUCCUCUCGGAUCCUCAUCCAGCUCGUCGUUGUCCUCUUCCUCGUCCUUCUCUUCCUCAUCCGACUUCCAGAGGCUGUACCGCGAGGACUGCCAGUGCGUGGACCCCGUCUACUGCCGCGACCACGACAUCGUCGGCAGAACCAACAGCAACUUCGGUUCCCUCCUAGACGCCCGGACACGCAACACCGACAUCCUCUCCACCGCAGAUGACGAGACCGACAAGCAGGCCGCCGCGUCAGAGAAGCAGGAAGUCGUGGUGGAGAAAGAGGAGGACAAGACCGAGACCGCCGCGAGGACCAGGAGAGACACAAUGAAGUUCGUCAACGACCGCUUCGGGUCUUCGUCCAGACCACAGCGUCAGUCAUCCCUCGGUUACACCCCUGGCGUGAACGGCUGCGCCGUCGGCCACGUAUGCUGCCGCAACCCCUCCUUCCGCCAGUCCCGCCAGGUGUCCUCCUGCGGACGUCGUAGCUCUUUCGGGCUCCUCGGACGCGUCAAAAACACGCACUUCGAGCAGGGAGACACGGAGUUCGGCGAGUAUCCUUGGCAGGCGGCCAUCCUGCGUCGCGACGCCGGAGAUAACGUGUACGUGUGCGGCGCCGUCCUCAUCGACCGUCGCCACCUGCUGACGGCGGCGCACUGCACCAGCGGUCUAAGCCCCGCCGAGCUGAAGGUGCGUCUGGGCGAGUGGGACGUGGGCCGCGACACCGAAUUCUACCGCCACGUAGACAUCGACGUCCUGGGCAUCUACCCCCACCCGGACUUCUACUCGGGCAACCUCCACAACGACAUCGCCGUUCUGAGGCUCAUCUCCCCCGUCGACCUCGUGACCAACCCGCACAUUUCCCCCAUAUGUCUGCCGGACCGCUUCGCCAAGUUCACAGGAUCCCAAUGCCAGGCUGCCGGUUGGGGCAAGAACGCCUUCGGAGACCUGGGUAACUUCCAGAACCUGCUGAAGGAGGUGUCGUUGCCCAUGGUGGACCACAGGCUGUGCCAGAACGCCCUUCGCCAAACCAGACUGGGCCCCAACUUCUCGCUGCAUGAAAGUAUGAUCUGCGCCGGAGGAGAGGCUGGUUCCGACACCUGUGAGGGUGACGGAGGAAGCCCCCUGGUCUGCCGCGACCGAGAAGGAACCUUCAUGUUGGCGGGUCUCGUGUCGUGGGGCAUUGGAUGCGGGCAGCAGGGCGUCCCUGGAGUCUACACGAACGUACCCUUGUUCUUGGACUGGAUCAGUUCCAUCACGAGGUCAUAAGGACUAGGGAGAGAGACAAUCUGUAGGAGAUAAAGAGAGAAGCACCUCAGGUUUACGUCUGGUUAGAUUUUUUGUGGAUGAAUCAUCGUGUACAACUGUAGAUAUAUACACAGUUUAUCUUUACUCUUUAGGAAAAGGGUAAAAACCUGUUGAACAUUUUUUAUUUUCUGUUGUUGGGAUAUUUUGAUUGUUUCAGUUACAUUGAAUAUAUGGCAAUUCCUUCUCUACUGGCUAGAGAGGGAACUCCUAACAUUUCUUGUUAUUUCUCUAGUCUCGAAUUACUAAGCGACAUGCAUUCUGUCUUUUGCACACAUACUUUAAAGAAAGGGAACUUGCUGUCAAGAUACCACAGUAACCUCUGCACAGAAAGACACGUAUUCUACAUACAUAUACACUGGAAUCUUUUAUGAAAUCUUUCCUCUUCAUCAUGUCUCUAUUUGACGUAUUUACAUUAUAUAAUCUUAAUAUUAUUUUAACUCCAUAUCAUCGCAUCACAAACCAUUUGGAUUCCGAUAUCAUGCUCAUACUUUGUGUAUUUUGUCGUAUUUACUUUCUUCUCCUUGGUCUUUAGAUAGAGCUUUAAAUUAAUAUUUGGCCAAAUUUCAGCAGAUAGUGGCCAUGGGUGCACUGUCAUGUUGUAUCAUGUAUCAUGAUUAUGUCUUGAAUAAACUGUUGAAAGUG